AUGUUGGGUAUUGGUAUUUCUCCAGAUAUUGAGACAUUCAAUGUCCUUAUCCAUGGACUUACUGAGGCAGGGAUGGUAAAAGAGGCAGAGGAAGUAACUGAAAAUAUGAUUCAAAGAGGUGUGCAUCCUGAUGUAAUCACGUACAAUACUUUAAUGAAAGGAUAUCGUUUGCAAGGCCAAAUGGAUGAGGCUAUGGGAGUGUUGAAUACGAUGGUGGAUAGAGGCAUUCAACCUGAUGCCUGUAGCUUCACCAUUUUAAGUAAUGGAUAUGGCAAGACCAGGAAAAUAGUCUAG